AUGGCAAAAAAGAAACCCCCGAAAAAGCAACCCUCCGGUCGUCUUCCCACUGGAACGACCAACCCCUCCUCUAGCAAGCAACCCUCGUCGGCGCCUGAUUCAUCCUCAGCCGCUAAAUCAAAGAAACCCUCUGUCUCCGCUCUGGCUGGAUCCCCCACCCAGACGACUCAGACCCCCAUCCCUGCCCAGGAAGUCUUUAUCCCUAUUCUGGCCAUAGACACCGAAACCCCCAAAUCCAAAACCCUAGCUACAGUAAAUCCUAUUGUACCUGGUUCCGCAACCCAUUCUUUGGCUCCUCCGGAGACUGGAAAACCCACCACAAUAGACAAAGCUCCACCUCCUAUCGCGGCUCAACAGUCACCGGCGGACCUCUGGAAAGGCUCUGUAAAAGAAGCUUCUGUGAAGCUCUUUCCAAAGGAGACUCCUUACACGCUAGAUUCGGGUGAGAAAUGUGUAACGAUUCCAAAUGCAGUGGUUGAGAAAAACAAGAAAGCUUGGGAGUGUUUCAUCCUGGGCCAGUUCUAUGAAGAAGCCCCUGCUCGUGGAGCUGUUCAUGCUAUCGUGAAUGGAAUCUGGAGUCGUCAAAGAUGGGACAUAACAGUCAACAAGAUGGACGGAAAUGCUUACCUUUUCCGUGUACCCUGCCCCAACGUUCGGCGCCGUAUCCUCAGCCAGAACCUGUGGCAAAUUGAUGGCCAAACCAUGUUUGUUGCCAAAUGGUUCCCGGGAAUCCAGCAAAUUAAACCUGAGUUGGAAAUGGUUCCUGUCUGGCUUGAGCUCACUGGUGUUCCUCUACAGUUCUUCAACAAAGACGCCCUUCAGGAGAUUGCAGGGCUUGUUGGGCAUCCUGUGUGCUUACACCCGGCAACGGAAAACCUCACUAACAUUGAGGUUGCAAAAGUCUAUACUGUCAUUGAUCCUCGUGAGCCUCUACCGGAAUUCCGAUCUAGCUCUACCUCCUCGUCCGAUACAUCUCUCUCAGGGGAUGAGGAUGAUCCAGAUGAUGACAGUGAUGAGUUCAUUGAGUUCUUCUCCAAAAGCUAUCAGAAGCGGGCGAAGUUGAAAGCUAGGGCUAGAGGCUCUUAA